AUGGCACUCACCAAUUUUGCGCCCCUCCGAGGGGCCAUCUCCCUACUGCUGGCAGUAUGGACACUGGUAGCGUUCGCGCAGGACUCAGAUGUCAAGUCCAUACCGCUGCGAACGCACAGUCUGCAGAGUCCCUACCUCGACUCCGACAUGCAAUCCCGCUGGUUUGACUUCGGCGGCAGCACCCUCAUCCGCGCCGACCAAUACGUCCGCCUUACCUCCCAACACCCCUCGCAAUCCGGCUGGAUCUUCUCCCGCGUGCCUCUCACAGCCACCAACUGGGAGAUCGAAGUCGAAUUCAGCAUCUCCGGCACGGGCAAUUUAUUCGGCGACGGCAUGGCGAUGUGGGUUACGAAGAACCGCGCAGAGCAAGGACCAGUAUUCGGCAUGAAAGACCAGUUCGAGGGGCUAGGUCUCUUCUUCGACACGUACAAGAACAACCGCCCGGGCGUGGUAUUCCCCUACGUAAUGGCAAUGGUAGGCGACGGACAAACGAGUUACGACCAAGCAAACGACGGGAAAGCGAACGAACUCGCCGGCUGCUCGGCACGAGGGAUCAGGAACGCGGACCAAGAGACGCGGGCGAGGAUUACGUAUUUCCAGGAUAAGAUGUUGACGGUGGAUCUGAUGUACAAGAAGGAAGGCGAGUGGACGCGGUGUUUCGAGGUGCCGAAUGUGAAGUUGCCGUCGGUCACGUAUUUGGGCUUCUCGGCGGAGACGGGGGAGUUGAGCGAUAAUCACGAUAUCAUCAGUGUGCAGACGAAGAAUUUGUACUCGCCGAGUGGAGGGAGUGCGGCCGGGAAUAGAGACUACAGUCGGGAUAAGGGGAGGAAGAACAGGGGGAAGAAGAACAAGAAGGCGAAGGAGGGAACGAGUUGGCUCGGGUAUCUCAUGCGGUUCGUGCUGCUCGGCAUGGUGGUGGCAGCGGCGUAUGUUGGAUACACCGCAUACCGGACGAGGCGGCGAGACAGGUUCUGA